CACUCCAAUAAGAGGUGGUCUCUUGCUAAUAUGGAUAAAUUAAUUCUAGAUAUCCACCAGCACACUCCUCUUCAUCGAGCUGCAACUCUAGGCCUGGUGGAAUUUAUGGAGAUUUUGCUUGCGGCAAAUGCGGAUAUAAACUCGAAAACGCCACUUGGAUGGACACCACUGCAUUUUGCUGCUUUUCGAGGGCAUUACAAAUGUGUUAGACUGUUGCUCAGUAAAAAUGCUGAUGUCAAUUGUAGAACAAAUGCGAAUGAAACACCGCUGCAUUUAGCCGUAAGCAAUCCUAAUGUGUCGAAAAAAUCAUGUUGCACCAUACAAUUACUUUUAAUUCAACCAAAACUAUGUGAUAUAUUCUAUUAUUCAUCAUCAUCAUCGAUAAUUUACAAAGAUCCUCAAGAUUUUCAAAGGAUCCUUCAAAUUUUGAGGAGAAAAAUCAUUUUUAUCAUUCCUUUUUGGAAUUUUUAUCAAUAUAUCCUUCAAUUAAACAUGCAUAAAUAG